GUCAUUGUUUCGCACUUCACACAAUUAAUUCGGUAGUCCAAUUUCUUCAAAUCAUAGCAUUCGUUUCAUGUGCGUGGCUUUUUUCCCAUGGCAGGAACCGGCGAAAGCGACGACAAAUAAUAAUUAUCUGCGACUCAAUUUCGAUUUCAAUUUCAUAGUGUCCGGUGUUCAAUAUAAUUCGGCAAUCCUUUUUUGAAUCUGGGUGCAGCUUGAUUUUUUUUUUGUAGCACCGACGAAACACGCUGAACGACUGCUGACGUCCACUCGUUUUUUACCCGGCUAUUUUUAAAUCAUCUCGUUAAUUGCGCGCAGCCAGCCGUGCCGUGUGUCAACAAUCGCCGACAUCCUCGCGCUUGAUUUCACCCCUUCAAUUCCGUCCUAAUUGAUUAUGGCGGACGCGACACCCGCCUCUACCGGUGGAGAUCAAGGCCCUAGGGAAGAGCGGGUGUCGAUAAACCAGCCAGUCGGCGACGUCGAGAUGGAGGACCUAUCCAAAACUCAACCUGAACCCGCCAAUCCAGAUACCAAUCUAGACGCCCCUACUCCUCAAAAUCACGAAUCUGAGUCUGAACCAACCCCGAUACCUGUACCCGAUAAAGAUCCCCCGACCGGCGAAUCAGCACCAAAGGCUCGCAGCAAGGCCCCGGCUGGUGGCGAUGAUCAAGAUUUAACGAUAGACCCAGUCGAGCCGGCAGCUGGCACAUCAGAGGACAAUGAUUUGGCGGUCGAUAUCAUGCUUCUCUUGACCUCAGGCGCCCGACACCCAUUCCGAAUCGACGAGAAAUACUUGGCGAAGCGGAAUGUGACAGUGACAGGCAGGACAGAGGAUGGCAAAUUGGAUCCUUUCAGUAUCACAGUAUACACAUUGAAGGAGCUUAUACUGCGAGACUGGAGAAAAGAAUGGGACCAACCACCAAGAGAACCAAGUGCUAUUAGGCUUAUUCACUUCGGCAAGCUUCUCGAGGAUAGGAAUCAACUCAGCCACUAUCAUUUUAGUACAACUCGAAACGUUGUCCACAUGACCAUUAAACCCCAAGACCUAAUCGACGAAGAGGAAGCAGCAAAAAAGGUGAAAGAUUCCGGUAGCCACAGCGGUCGGAGCGGAUGCUGUGUUAUCUUAUGAUCGAGCCCCUUUUCCAAGCAAUCACUGCUAUCCUACAAACAAAA